AUGGAUCUCCCCGUUUCUAAUUUCACUCUUCUUAACAAAGAAUUUACCAGCAUAUGGGUGGAUAUUUUUAGGAAUACACUCAUGAACACUUCUUCGGAACUCCCUGAAAUCAUUCUAAUAUUGUCUUUGAUCUGUACAAUUGGAGCAUUUUUGAAACUACACUUGAAAGACUUUCCAGUUCCUCUCCCUGUGAUAUUGUUUUUACUUGGAUGCAGUUUUGAAGUGUUAAGUUUUACAUCUGACAAGGUCCAAAAAUAUGCAGACGCCAUACAAUGGAUGGAUCCACAUUUAUUUUUUAAUAUAUUUACACCAGUAAUUAUCUUCAGUGUUGCAUUUGACAUGGAUGUUUACCUGCUCCACAAGUUAUUUUGGCAGAUACUUUUAAUUACAAUUCCUGGCUUUUUAAUUAAUUAUACCUUAAUUCUUUGGUAUUUGGCAUCUGUGAAUAAAUUACUUUUGAAAACCACCCCAUGGUUAUUAUUUUCAGCUAUCCUUGUGAGUUCAGAUCCCAUGUUGACUUCAUCUGCUAUAAAAGACCUGGGUCUUUCUAGAGGCCUCAUCAAUUUAAUUAAUGGAGAAAGUCUGAUGACCUCUGUAAUGUCUUUAAUUGUGUUUAAUAGUGUUAUAGAUAUUAACUUUGGCUUGCAAAAACAGAUAAACUAUUCUUUAGCCUAUAGCAUCAUGAAGGAAAUUUGGUCAUAUUGUAUAGCAAGUCUCUUGUUUGGAAUUCUAACUUCAAAAUUGAUUCAACUGUGGCUGUCUACUGUUUUUGGAGAUGAUGUCAAUCAUAUAAGUCUCAGCUUUUCAAUUCUGUACCUCAUCUUUUAUAUUUGUGAGCUAGUUGGAAUGUCUGGAAUAUUUACCCUCGUCAUUAUGGGACUUUUUUUAAAUUCUACAAGUUUUAAACCAGGAGUUGAAGCACUUCUUCUUGAAUUCUGGAAUUGUCUAUCAUUUGUUGCUUUUCUUAUGGUGUUUACUUUCAUUGGACUUCUAAUUCCUGCACAUAUAUAUUUAUAUAUAUCAUUUUCUGAUAUAUAUUAUUCAUUAAAUGUCUACUUAACACUUAUUGUUUUCAGACUGCUGGUCUUUCUGUUAUUGAGUCCUCUUUUGUCUCGACUUGGUCAUGGUUUCAGCUGGCGCUGGGCAUUCAUAAUGGUCUGGAGUGAAAUGAAAGGGACUCCUAAUAUAAACAUGGCUCUUCUGUUUGCCUACUCUGAAUACUAUCUUGGAUCUGAGAGGGAGAAAUCUCAAAUAUUAUUUCAUGGAGUGUCAAUAACCUUAGUUAGCCUGAUUGUCAACAGAUUUAUUUUGCCAAUGGCAGUUACUAAACUCGGUCUUCAUGAUGUCACAUCAACGAAGUAUAAAGCGCUAUAUCAUACAUUUCAGCACUUUCAAGAACUAACCAAAUCUGCAGCCUCUGCACUCAAAUUUGACAAAGAUCUUGCUAAUGCAGAUUGGAACAUGGUUGAUAAAGCAAUUAUACUUCAAAACCCAUAUGCAUUGGGCCAAGAAGAAACAACAGAACAUCAAAAAGUGAAAUGUCCACACUGUAACAGGGAAAUAGAUGAGACGCUUAACAUUGAAGCAGUGGAGCUGGCCAACAGGCGUCUCUUGUCGGCACAAAUAGCAAGCUACCAGAGACAGUACAGGAAUGAGACUCUUUCCCAGAGUGCAGUCCACGUGUUAGUAGGUGCAGCAGGAAGCUUUGGUGAGACGAAGGGAGAAUAUAUGAGUGCUGAGACAAUAAAGAAUUAUUCUGAGAGCAAAAAAAUUCUAGUCUUUUCUAGAAAAGUAUUGCUCAAUUUGGUGUAUAACACGAAAAAGGAAAAAGGGAUCCCAUCAAGACACUGCUUUCUUCGUGCAUGCCAUAAAAUAGUUUUUACUGAUGAAUUUGAGUAUGUCGGAUACCUUGUGAUACUAAUGAAUAUGUUUCCUAUUAUAAUUUCUUGGAUAUCUACGUUAAAUGAUAUCUAUGAGACUGAAUUAACAUAUGCUAACUACUCUUUUCUUGCAUUUUAUAUCACAGAGGCACUACUUAAGAUAGCAGCAAUGAGGAAGGAAUAUUUUUUACAUGCCUGGAACCUAUUUGAGUUAACAAUUACGUUAAUUGGCAUCAUAGAUAUAAUAUUUAUUGAGACAAAUUCCAUUCAUUAUUAUACUUUUGAUCUGAUUCAAACAAUGCUCUUUAUAAAAGUUGUUCGAUUUCUUCGCAUACUGCGCAUUUUGAAGCUUGUAACACCAAAGUUGCUGCAAAUAUUAGAUAAAAAGAUGAGCCAUCAGCUGUCCUUUAGGUAUGCUGUACUAAAAGGAUAUGUCCAAGGUGAAGCAGAUAUAAUGACUAUAAUUGAUAAGAUUGCAAGUUCUAAACAGGUUAAACAGAUGUUAUUAAGGAGGGUAAUGAAGAAUACGGGACAUGCUAUGAAAGAGCUAGGCUACUUAGAGUAUGAUCACCCAGAAAUUGCUGUCCCUAUGAAAACAAAGGAGGAGAUUAAUGCCAUGCUCAAUUUGGCUAGAGAAAUUGUUAAAGUUUUCAGGUUAAAAGGAAUUCUUCAUAAAAUUGAAGGCUCUGAAAUUAAUAAGAUAAUAACGGCCAGAAAAAGAGAGAUACUUGAGCUUCAAGUUAUGUACAAACCUCUUACUGUUGACGAAGCACUCUAUCAUAUUCCAUGGCUAGAUAAAGACCAAGAACAUAUAAGCUUUAUUCAGGAAAGAUCCAGAGUUGUAACAUAUGACUGUGGGAAUGAUAUAUUUGAAGAAGGUGAUGAGCCCCAAGGAAUUUAUGUAAUUAUUUCAGGCAUGGUAAAGCUAAAAAACUCAAAGCCAGGUUUGGGAAUUGACCAAAUAAUCUGGGAGUCAGAGGAGAAAGAUUACCAAAUAACUUACACAGACUUUGUGAUCAGUGGGGCAAUAAUCGGAGAGCUAAACUGCUUGACUAAUGAACCCAUGAAAUAUUCUGCCACCUGCAAAACUGUAGUGGAGACAUGUUUUAUUCCCAAACAUCACUUGUAUGAAGCUUUUGAACAAUUCUAUCCUCACAUUGAAUAUAAAAUGUGGUUAAAACUUGGACUUUCUAUUACUGCCAAAAAAAUCAGGGAGCAUUUAUCUUAUGAGGAUUGGAAUUACAAGAUGCAGUUAAAACUCUGUAACAUUUAUGUAAAAGAUAUACCAAAGAACACCAAAACUGAUAUCUAUGAUGAAACUGUAAUUUAUGUCAUCCUCAUCCAUGGAGCUGUGGAAGACUGUCAGUUACGAAAAGCUUAUAAGGCUCCUUUCUUAAUUCCUAUAACAUGCCAUCAGAUACAAGGCACUGAAGAUUUCACAAAGGUAACAAUUGUUCAAACUUCGAUUGCUUCAAAAAAAUACAGGUGGAAAGCUAGAAAGUAUAGAGCUUCACGUAAACCAGUUUAUCCAGCAGUAUCAGCAGACCCCAGGGGCUUCUUGGAUUUGGACUCCCAGUUUAAAUCACGCUGCUACCGCUUUAUGAUGAUGAGUGAUUUCACACUCACUUGCUCAACUUCCUUCCUUGGCCUCAUCAGCAAUGACCAGAUGUUUCUUGUGGGAAUGAAACUGACCCUCCAGUACAUCCUAUUCCGGGUUAUGGGUCAAUGUUGA